UUCUAUCAAAGCAGAUACACUGUAGACGUCUUGGUAGGACUUCAGUGUGUUUUUUACGGCACCUUUUGGCUGCUUUGACUUAAAUUCAAAUAUCUUAGUUUUUAUUUCACAUCAGUGUCUGAGUGAUCUCUGAGGAUUUCUGAUUAAGCAGGAGAAAUUUCAUCAAAUUUCACGUAAUUUUUGAAGAGGUGCUGAAAUUUUUCGAUCUCUGGUUCAUCCACUGAUGAAAACCUGAUUGUGUCCGUGCUGACACAAUCGAUCAGAGAUGGACACAGUCGAGAAGGUGAGCCACAUCAGUUUGAUUUUGUGGUUGUAAAGCCUGUGUGUGUUAAAAAUAUAUUUAAAGAGUCUGUAGUCUGAAAAAGUAACUGACAGAGUUUAAAGCUGCUUUUUCUCUUGUCUUCAUUCAGGUCUGGAGCGCCUCGUUUAAAGCUGCAGCAACACUUCGAGGUACGUUUCUUUCUGUAUGAGCAGCUUUUUUGAGAGUUUAUAUCUGUGCAUAAAAAACUUAAUCCACGUUUUAAUAGAUGCUCUAAAAAAAAAGACUGUUUCUCCAUUAAAAUAUCUUCAUCCUCAGUGACUCAAAGCUCUGUAAACAUGUAGAGGGGAAGUUAAAAUGCAGAGAAAUAUGAAAUAUCUGCACACAUGUGGUCGGGGACAUUCUGUCUUUUAUUUUCGGUGAACUAAACUUUUUCCUCUUGGUUUAUUGUUUGGUUGUCAAACACUCUUUUUUAAUUGUUAAUGUGUAUUUUUUACAGAGACACAUAUAACACUGUCUCUGUAUCUGCCCCACUAUGUUGAGGUGUUCCUCAGGGCUCCUUUCUGGGUCCUCUUCUCUUUUCUCCAAGCUUCUAUUUGGGUCGGAUUUAAACGUAAAACUGUCUUAUUAUCGCUUUGCAGACAAUUUACGAAUAUAUCUAUCAAUUAAAACGUCUAAUGACUCUAUGUUAGCCUCGUUACACCGCCGUAAUGUCGUAUUUGGAAAACCUGAACUCCUGGAAGGCUUUGAGAGCACUCUUGGCCUGUUAGCCCCUAAUCUGGUCGUUGGGUUCAUUUUCUGUUAUGUUGAAAUGUUCGCAUUAGUUUAAUUGUUGUUUAAGAGAAAACUUUGUUGAAUCAAAAGAAAGAGAAAUGACAAACAGGAAGCAGACAAAUAAAUGACAGAAUCAUAAAAAAAGAGACAUUUUCCCUCCAGAAGCAAACAGGCAGGUAUUUAAGGAGGGAUUAUUGCUGAUUUUAGCUUCUCUCUUUAUUGUCCAGGACCCUGAGUCUAAGUAAGUUUCAUAUUUUCCUCUCCUCAUUUUCAGAUUUCUUCAUGUCCAGUCCCUCCGAAGACUGCUGACCACCUCAGACUGACCAGACGUCUGAAAUAGAGGAUUUACGAGGCGAGCAGUCAAAGGAUGAAGGUAUUUCAGGAGCUGAUUGGCUUGCUUGGUUUCAGAGUCGCUCAUGUCCAUAAAGAGGAAGCUCCAAACCUUCUCCAAGCACAUAAAUACCCCCCAGAUUUGACUAUUCUGCUAGUCUUUGACUCCCUCUCUGUCUCCGCCGCCCUCCUCUUCGUCACUUUGUAGGUGAGAAACUCUUUGAAUUUGUAGAUUUUGCAGCUGAGGUGAAGUGAUGCUCGGUACCAAAGACUCUAAAAUAAGACAUCCUGGAUUUGGGGAAACUCAAGUGUUUGUAAUUGAACUUAAAGUUGUGAUGACAGUGAUUUAAAAUCUGAGUCUGACUGAUCCCAGAGUUUUCCAGAGGAGACUCGAAAAUUCAAGUCAGUCUGAUUAUUGUCAUCACUGAAUUUGGUCUCACGUUGAAAUAUUGUAAAAUAACUUAAUAUAGUUUGUACACUUAAGUCAAAAAAGUGUCCAGAGUUAUUUAACCGUUUAUAUUUAAGGUUUGGAGUUUUUUUCUGCACCCUUAAAUUUUUAUCUGUCGAAGGAUUUUCUCUUCUGUUUAAAAAAAUUUAAAAUUGGUUCAAAUUGAUUUAAAAGAUUUCCAAAAAGUUUUAAGUUUUCAUUCUUGAAGUUGAAAGUUUAUCUGUUUUUCUCGUUAACUUGUAUUUAAACUCUCCCAAAAAGCCUCUAGCUGACCUGUUCUUUUAAAAAUAUCUAAAAGCUUUUAAAAUCAACUCGUUGGAUUAGCAUCAAUUUUACUCCUAAUCUGCAGAAUCCAAACAGAAGCGCCUCUCGGUCCAUCGUUGCUGCCGUAUGAAAUUACUCUCAGGUGUAAAUAGCCUCGGUAUCAGGUGACAGGUGAUUACAACACGAGUUACUGAUGCUACAAACACUGUCACUCUCUUUUAAACGACUUUUUAAACGUACAAAAGAAAAGACAAAAACUGUAAAACACUUUAAUAUUCUCGUCUAAAUGUUGAGAUUUAAUGACUGAGUUUGACUUCAUCCAAACAGAAGUCAAUGCAAAAUUAAUAAUGUAUAAAAAUGAGUAACGAAGUAAUCGAUGAAGUUCUUGUUUUAUAUUUUAUUUAAAAACAUUUAAAAUCAGUUUCACUCGUCAUUCUGUGACUGAAACUGCUUCUUGAACAAAAACAGUCAGAUUAAACUUUCUACCCUCACCUCUCCUGAUCGAUCAGCUCAUCCUCUGUCCUCGCUCAUAAAGAAAUCAUCAUAAAUGUCACCGUUAACCUUUGACCUCUGAGCCAGGUUUAGCCCUGAUCUGGUUGCCUCAGGUCCAGGGUCAAAUACAUGGCCAGUGAGGAGCUGCAGUUUCUAUUUUUAAACCAGAGUGACGACUGUUUGGACUUGCAGACCACGAACUUAAUGAAGCGAAGUGAGUCAUGGAUUUGUGUAAAUGUCCAGACCAGCUCUCGUGUUCGUGAGUCUGAGGGAAGUUUGCACAAAAUCCAGACCUGACACGGGACCUGGAUCUGCAUCCUGAUGGACUCAUGAGGAGGUGUCAGUGUUCACUAUCCACCAAAAUGGCUCCAGAUAUAGGUUUUGUUUUUGCCGUGCAACAUGAAGAAUUUGAGGCGGCACAGUGGUGUAGCUGUUAGCACUGUCGCCUCACAGUGAGAAGGUCCUGUGUUCAAUUCCGGGUCAGGGUGUUUCUGUGUGGAGUUUGCAUGUUCUCCCUGUGUCUGUGUGGGUUUACUCCAGGUACUCUGGUUUCCUCCCACAUCCCAAAAACAUGCAGAAGUGGAGGUUAGGUUAAUCAUCCACUUUCAAAUCACCCGUUGGUGUGAAUGUGAGCGUGGAUAGUUCUUCGUCUCUAUAUGUCAGCCCUGCGAUGAACUGGUCACUUGUCCAGGGUGUCCCCUGCCUUCACAUGAAGAUGCUGGGAUAGGCUCCAGCGACCCCUAAUGGGAAUAAGCGGUAGAAAAUGGAUGGAUGGAACAUGAAGAAUUUAUUUUCUGUUGCAGAGCUCUGAUUAUAUAAAUCUGUCCCAGCUGCAGCCGAUCACGACUAUCGUCUGCAAACUUCUGAAACCCGAGGACAGACACCAGUUUUUAUUUCUGGGUAUGGUUUACAGCUUCCCUGUCUGACUGGUGGUCUCAUGUAUCCUCCUAUUGAUUGCAAAGACUGUCUCUUUAUUUUUGAGGUGCAUUCAAGGACAGUUCAUCCUGUUUUCACAUGUAUAUGAAGUUUUUAAAAUUUGGUUGUUGGGCCUUAAAAUCCUGGAGACGAACCUGUGAGAGUACGAGGGUUUUGGAAAUCUUGAUGUAUAAGAGGAGUGUUUAAGCUCAGAAAAGACAGAUCUGGAGACAUGAGUUUAUCAUCAUCAGGACUAAACUGUUUUUUUUUUUCUCUCUCUGUGACAGAACCUGAAACAAAAAGACAGCCAAGAUGUCUGAGUGAGUACGACUUCACGCUGAUUCACGUUCAUUUAUCAAAGUUGACCUGAAACUAACAGGAUUUGUGUGUUUUUUUGUUUUUGAACCUGAAUGUGAUCAUGAAUGUCUUUUCUUGAAUUUAAGGGGAAAGAGGAUGACAUCGAGCCGCAGGCAUCACCUCAAGGUGGCGUACAACACAAAGUUCAUGGCUCAUGUUCAAACGUCUCUAAAAGUGCAGAAACUCGACCUUCAGCGGUUCUCCUCUGAUUUCUCCUCCUGUAGAGUCUGAUGCUGCAGAUCGCCGCUAACUGGCUGGAGCAGGAAGCCGCCGAAAUCGUCACCGCCAAAGAGGCCUACAUGGCGGAGCAUUGCCCCACCCCCGACCUGAGCGGAGACCAGGCAGCUCUGAUGGUGAAUAAAACCCUGCAGAGAUAAAAAUGAGGAGGAACAUUCAGAGUUUGUUAAUAUGAAGCUGCAUCUAGCAUACUUUCUCCCCAAAACAGACAUGCAGAUAUUCAUAAAAUAAUCAAUUUAAAAUAUUUGUUCUUACUUUUUUCGACUCAAAUCUCUUAAACAACUUCAGCUCUAACUAUGAAAAAAUAAUGAACAAAAAAAUUCAAUGUACUACCCUUUUUAUGCCAGUUUUUGUGCAACAUGUCACUGUUAUUUUUAACGGUAAAAAACACAAAAUCUUCAUAUUUCCCAUAUGAAAUGACCUAAAUUAUUAUUAUUGUUAUUUAUUUUGAAUAAAUAGAGUCUGGGCCAUGUCAAUGAUGAGAAGUAAAAGAGAUUUUGGUGCAUUUAAAUUCUUUUUGUUGUGCCAAUUUCCAUAUUUUUGCUCCAUUCAUCCUUCUUUGUCCCUAAAAUGAACAUGCAGAUAAGUGUUCAUAAAAGAAUUAUUUUUAAACUUUUUCUUUGACUCAAAUCUCUUAAACAACUUCAACCCUAACCAUUAAAAAUAAUAAAUAAAAAAUUAGAUGUUUUACCCUUUUUAUGCCAGUUUUUGUGCAAUGUGUCAUUUUUAUGAGUCUGAGUCUAUUGGCGCCAUUUUCACCUCCUUUUCUCGAGUCUCCUCCUCGACCAAAUCAAAUGCGAUCGAAUUCGUUUGUUCAUAAUAAAUUAAUUUUAUAUAUCAGCAUAUAAAAUAAGAAGAUAUCUGUAAGAUAGUAAUCAUUUACAAGUGGUUAUCCACCUCCAACCAAAAUAUGACUGUGAUUACACUGAUUGGACGAGGUAGGAACCGAUGGUUACGAUUAUUCCUUUAACCAAUUUUUUGUUGUUCCAGGAAAUCUGCAAGAAGCUUCACUCGGUCCUGGAGAAGCUGGAUGAGGACAGAUACGAUGCCGAGGCCAAAGUGGACAAGACAGACAAAGAAGUAAAGAUCUCUGUUGGUCCAGAGGCUGAAUGUGUUUGCAGAAAGUGCAGCGAUAUGCAGACGACACCUUCGUUUGAACGAGAGAUGAAAUCUGAAUUCAUGGUCAAUAAACAAGAACGUAGAUGUCAGAACUUUUCUGUUUCCACGCUUGUAGAUCUCUGAGCUGAAGCUGAAGGUGGUGGAGCUGGCCGGCGUGAAGAAACCUGCCCUGAAGAAGGUGCGUUUGUCCGCUGACGCCAUGCUGCAGGCUCUGCUGGGAGGGAAACACAAGGUGAACAUGGACCUGAGGGCCAACCUGAAGCAGGUCAAGAAGGAGGUCAAAGAGGAGGUGAGGCGCCAAAAAGUCACUUUUUUGAAGCGGUUUCAGACACACGAGCUGCAUCGACAUGUUGAAUCUGUCUCGUCCGUCAGGCUUCUGAAGGCGUCGGCGACUGGCGUAAGAACGUGGAGGACAAAGCGGACAGGAAGAAGAUGUUUGAGACUUCCUAAAGACUUUCUCCUCCUCACGGCUGCUCUUCGUUCCUCUGUUACAGCUCACCUUUUUCUGCGAAAAAUACUCGUGCCAUUAAAUCUGUGUUUUUGGAAUAAGGCAACGCUGUCACUCUGCGUUUUUUCCAAGCAGACGUUUGGAAGUUUAUUUUUUUUUCUUUAAAGUUUUGACUUUUUAAAAAGUUUCUUGAAGGUCUUUGUCAGUUUUUUAAUCGGCUGUUUUCAUCUUCUCAGUCACAUUAAAGGAGGAAAAUGAGAUUUUCAGAGUCAGAUUGUAAGUAAAUGAGAGUGAGGUUGUGAUUUGGCUGAAAUCUAGUCAAACGAGCAUCAUGAGAUAAAAAUUCACAUGUUUAUAAAAGAAAAGAUCGUAAAUGUUCAACAGGAAAGUAGCAAGACAUAAAAUCUUAAAUUUCUGAGUUUAGUCAUUAUUAUAGUAAAAAAAUGAAUUAUUAUUUUUUUCUUUUUGAAGUUUAAUUUUAUUGAAUUCAAACAUUUUUUUGUUUUUAAACCUGAUUAGUUUUUAUUUGAAUUUAUCUAGUUUAUUAAUAUUUUUUGUUGUUUUUUAAUCGCUCUACUUUCUUCAGUUCUGCAGUCAGUUGCUUUUCAUUUAUUCCCUUUCAAAAUAAAAUACCUGCAGACUGAAAUAAUUCAAUUUUUCUUAAUAUUUAAACUUCAUUCUUGUGAUAACACAACUUUUUUCAUACAUUUGUUUCUCCUUUAUUAUUUUUGAAGCUUCAUUUUUGAAUAUUUUUAUUUUUUUGACUUUAUUCUUGUAAAAUUAUGAUUUUAUUCCUGUAAUUUAUCAACAAAAUCUCCCUUUUCUCCUCCUUCAUGUGGCCAAAAUAUUUGAUCUCUUUAGUGUAAAUAUUGAUUUAGUUUCUCUUCUUACCUACUGUUAAUUUCUUUAGUUCACAGACUGUAAAAACUUUUUUUGUUUUUCUCGCAGAUUUUGGCUCAGAUUUUCAUUCAAGUGUCUGAGAAACUUUUUUAAGAAAGGAUCCCUGCAAAGACAGACUUAUUUGGAAGGUUUAAAGACCUUUUAAUGAGCCAAAACCUUUUGUUUUUUAAUAAGUACCUCACUCUUAAAGAUGAUUUCUCUCUGAAUAUCAAUCUGAGCCCUUCAGUGAAAAACCUGAGAACUUUUUAGUCGACAUGUGAUCACAGUUCCUGUUUGUCCUAAAACAUCACAGCCUGUUUUCAGUCUACCUUUACUAGUUAAUGUUAUUUAUUUAACUAAAAACAUCUUAAACUGCUAUAUUCUAAACCUCUGAAUUUGGGUGUUUUACUCACGUUAAACCACCAGAUGUCAGCAGAGAGCCUCGAUUUCUCUGCGUAAAGAGUUCUCACUAAAUCAGUCCACCAAAUAUCACUUCAGCUCGUCUGUCACAGAAAGAAAGAAAGAAAGAAAGAAAAGCAGCAUGAAGAUGGAGAGAUGGUGAGUCACUUUUAUUUCUCUUUUUCUCACUUAUUGCAUGAAUGCUGAAUCUUUCUUCUUGCUCUUCUUUUCUUAAUCUUCUUAGUUCUUCUGUUUCUUCUGCUCUCUCAUUUCUUCUUCAUCUUCAACCACAGACUUUUGUAUUUUCAAGUUGUUUUAUGUUUAUCCUUUUAUUGCCUGAAACCACAAAUUAUGGCCAGAAAAUUUCACAUUUUUUUGGAGCUGAAAUGUUUAUUUUACUUUCUACUGAAAACCAAAAAAAUCAAAAUGUCAUUUAAUUUAACAAAUAAAUUUAUUGAUCUUGUUUGAUACAUUAGAUGUUUGUAUUCAGGUGUUUUUAAGUAAUUUGUUGAUGAUAUUGAUUUGAUAGAAGUUUAUAAAAGUAUCUAUCAAAUAUGACACAAAAGGCAAUAAAGAGUUAAAAAUAAGAAGGAGAAGAAAAAUCAGUGUCAGAUAUUCAGAGUUCAUUCUUCAUUCUCACUGAAUAAUUCAGCAGCGCUCACACUUUUCAGACAAGUCUCUGUUUGUUUGUUUGUUUUAUUUAUUUCACACAGAUCCUAAAAACACUUAAACACUGUUACCAGACUUUACAGCACAGGACUGGACCUGAGUCCUCCUCAUUCUAGACGCUGUUGAAACUUUUUUUGAAUCUGUUUAUCUGUAGUUUAUAUUUCAUGGUCUGCUGUCUUUUUGUGAUGCCGUUGUUGCUCCUGCAUGCUUAACUCAAACUGAAAGUACCACAGUAGUAUUUUAACCCCACCUGAAACACUUUGUGAUGAGCUGCUGUGAGUUUUCGUGUUGAUUUCAGCCCGAGUGUCACUCAGACGUCUUUAUCUCUGAGCUCUGGUUGGUGGUCCGGGAAGUUCUCGACCAUCUCUGUCUGAUUUUCAGCUGAAACUGAAUCCGUGAGCGUUAAUCUCGAACCUCGCGCCCGCCGCCUGAAAGUUGUGUAACAAUCGCUCCAUCCUUUUCCCACUCCUCUGUGUGGGAGGGAACCUGAUAGGGUCUCCUGUCCAGUGAGGCCACUUCCUGUGGCACAAAUUUACGAGGUUCCUGGGAGACCUGCUGCGGUAUUUCUGGAGCCUGCCGGCCCAUUGGUCUGAAGUGCGUGUGUUACCAUAAAGAGGGCUGAGUUUUCUGCUGAGCCAGCACUUCACACCCUAUAUACCCUGUUUAAUCUUUACUGUUUCGGACUUGGCAGAGCCUCCCCCCCUUCUUCUCCCGCGUCCUGCUCGUCCUCCUCCUUGUCCUUGUCUCUGAGGCUUCGCUCGCUCAAACAAAAACAGAGAGUCACGCUGAGGUCUGCUGCUGCUGCAGGUGGGACUCUGGUUUCUUUAUCUGCUCAGGUGCUGUUGUGCGGUUUGUGGAGGUGCUGCUGCAGGUGUGACCUCUGACCUCUGCGGCGGCGGGACAUUAUUGGACUUUCUGAAGGACGUUAGAGGACGUUGAUUUGAGCUGGGAGUGACUGCGGGACGUUAAACUCAAAAUUAGGAGAAAAUUGAAGCCGGAUUAUAAAGUUGAGGUUUAGUUGUUGCUCCGCAGGGAUUGGUUGGUUUGUAUUUUGGUUGUAAGUCUUACAAGUUGUUGGCGUUGUGAUGUUUUUGUUAAAUCUGCGAGAUUCAAGCUUAGUUUUUCAAAGGCAAACACGUCUGUUUGGUUGUUAAAUAUCGUAAUAUCCAAAAUACAGCAGCUGAUUUGACAUCAAAAUACCUUUAUGGCUGAAAAAGGUUGAAAAGUUUUAUAAAUUAUAACCAAAACUGAAUUAAUUUGACUAAAACGCGUCUUUUUAACUCAUGUGAUGAUCAUUUGGUCAAUUUUUCGUGACAGAAAUGUUGUUUCUGGGAAUAUUUGUUAGUAUAUCUUGCGUUUUUUUAUAUUUCUGUAGUUUUUAAAGCAAUUAUCUGGAAAUAAAUCGUAAGAAUUAAACAAAUAAUUGGUAAGAAUCAUAUAUUGUUUCCCAGAAUUUGCUCUUGAGUCAUAAAAAAUAUAAACGUGACAUUUUUUUCUUUAUAAUUAACAAAAUCAGCCUCUCAUACGAAGUGUUUUGGUCUAAAUUUGAGGUGUUGUGUUACGUUAGGCCGGUGUUUUGUUGGAUUAGAGAUUAUAAACUGAAUAAAAGUUUAAUCAUUUUGUGGUUACAGAUGUUUUAAAGCUGGAUUUAUGCAAACAAGCCUCUGUGUUGACCUUAUUCUUAAAUUUUAAUCGCCGUUGAUCCUCCGGAUUAUGGCGUGAAGCCGGUCCUGGGUUGGCCUCGGUGUCAGCCCGCCGUUUGCAUGCCUCCAGGAUGUUGGAAUGAGUGUUAACGGCUCUCACGGCGUGCUUAGCGCCACAUUUGGAGCCUCUGCUGGAGGUAUUUUGCGCUCAGGUCUUUGGCUCGCAGGAAGAAGUCGGAUUCCAGGCAGAAUGAGGGGCAACUGUUCCCCGGCUCCCUGACCUCGACUGUCCAAAAUUAGCCGGUUUGUGGUCACUGACAGCCGGUUUUCCAUGAUAGUGAAGGGUAUCGGGUUUCCGGCGGGGAGGUCAGAGGUCGCUGAUUGAUAACCGGGGGAGGAACUGGACCCUGAGAGUUCAGCUGUGGACAGUCAGAGAGCUUCUGGAGGUCUGUCCGCUCAUGUUUAACUCAUGACUGUUUUUCUGUUUCUGAACAGGGUGUGAAGAACAAGAACCGCCAACAUGUCUGAGUGAGUCCAUCCUCCUCCUCCUCUUCUUCUUCUCUCUCUUUUUUAAUCGUUCUUUCUCUUCUUCUACCUCUGCUCUCAUCUUCUCAUGCUGCUUCUUUUGACUUUUUCUCCUUUUUUGUAUCUUCUUUCGCUCACCGCCAACCUUUCCUCCUUUCCUUUCCUUCCUUCCUCGACUUCUUUAUCUCUUUAACUAUUUUGCCCUCAAACACUCCUCUAACUUCCAUCAUUAGCGCUUUAUCUUCUCUAGUCUUCUUCUACAUCGAUUAAAGCAGCUUCUUCUUCUUCUUUAUCUGCUUUAAAGCUCCUGUGAGGAGUUUUUAAACACGUAUGAAACAGGUUUAAAUCCGUAGCGGCGCCUUUUCAUGACCUUGAAAAACACACAUGACAAUCAGGAAUGACACUGAGUUUAUUGUAAUGUGAUUUUUAACGCCUGUAACUUCUGUGAGGGGGGAGGUAGGUGUCAGAGAUGAUUGACAGAAAAAAUAAAUAGUCUUUUUAAAAAUUCACAGUGACUUUAGUUGAUUUUGCUGAUAAAAUAGAGCAGAAGUCCAUUUUUAAACACAGGAGGUGCAAACAAGAAGUUCCACACAGGAGCUUUAAAUAGUUUUAACUUAUGACCUCUUUUCUAUUUUUUCCUUUACGUCUCCUCCUUCUUAAUUUUUCUCCUACAGUAACUGUUUCUCCUUUUCCAAAGUCAUAUUGAAUAAAAGCUGAAACUAGUAUUUUAUUUAGAGAGAUAGCUUGUCUGUAUCAUCUCAUCGUAGAUCUGUCACAGCAUCAGAAUCUGACAAAAAUAACUUAGAAAGAUUUGAAAUGCACCACGAGUUAAUAUUAAAUAACUUCACUAAAAUCAGAACUUUUAGAUUGAAUUUGAAGUGAAACAGGAUUUUUCUGUAGAGGUUGACUAAUAUUGUUUUUUUAGGCCGAUACCGAGACCAAUAAUCUAUAUUUUCAACUGAUAGCUAUAGUCGGUGGAAAUGAAUAAUUUGGCAUCACACAAAUAUUACAGUCUAACAAAAACUUUGCCCAAUUUUUUUAAGAAAUGUGAAAACUAAACUGAAACAUUCAAUGUCGUAUACAGGAGUUAACUGGCUUCACUUACAGGAUAUUAAAUAUUUAUUUAUGGACUUUUAGUCAGACAGAGUGAAGCAAGAAAACAGACCUACAAGGAAACUGAAGGAGUUAAUUUUCAGUUAAUUUUAUCAGCCUCCUGUCAAAUAAAAAGCUGAUAAGGAUUAUAGUCAAAGUCCCAAAUAUCGGCCCCAAUAAUCAUCCAAAGCUGAUCAUCGAUCGACCUCUAAUUUUCGUCCUGCGGGAGAUUAACGUUUCUUUAAUGUUGUGAGGAUGUUUAAAAGAAGUUUUCUUCUGAUUAAAUUUUCAAACAUUUUAAAGCUGAAACGAUCGAACUACCUCUCAUCUUUUCUUCUUUUAAUGCUUCUUCUUCUUCUUCUUCUUCUUCUUCUUCUUCUUCUUCUUCUUCUUCUUCUUCUUCUUCUUCUUCUAUGACAAAUUCUCCUGCUACUGUUCCCUUCCUAUAAUUUCACCUCCUUCUUCUUCUUCUGUUGUUCUGUUUAUUCUCCUGUUACUGCUGAAACUACUUCCUGUCAUUAUCAAACUGAAAUGAUACCUGGACGGGUCUCUCAAGUUUAUAAGUGAUACUGCCGAGAGCUUAUUUCACGGAUAGAAGUGAAGUUAAAGAAGAGUAAACUCAGAGUUCAGUGGAGCUGCUGUCUGUUGUAGUUUUGGACGGUUGUGAAGUGUCACAUUGUGCUCGAACCUCGAACAGAUCACCUUUUGUGACACUUUGAUCGAGUGAAACAAUUUAAAUUGUGAGUUAUGUUAUUUGGAGACUUUAACAAGUUCCACCCUGAUGAAUUCUGUCAGAUAAUCAGAGGAGGAGGAAGAUCAGGACGCGUCCAUCACCUCACCAAAACAAUCAACAAACACGCUAGCAAGAGGCUAACAGGUUGAUUGUUAAACGGUGAAACAUGACAACUUUACAGCUCUGUAGUUUUUGUACAAAUGACAUGACAGCACCGUCUUUUUAUAAUGUUUCUACCUCGUAUAUAAAAGUUUAGUUUCCUAAACCGCAAUCUAGCCAUUCAACAUCUGUAUAUCAAAAUACAUGAGCCAGUUCAAGUCUGAUUAAAACGAAGAUUUGCUGGAGGAAACCGAUCCACGACCUCGUUAUCUAGAUAUGCCAGGAUGAGAAAUAGUUAGUAUGGAAAGUUCAAAAGCUAAAUUGCACCAUAAAAGCUCAAUGUUCUCCAUAUUUUAGAGAAUUUUAGGCUAAUUUUCCAAGAUUUUAAAACAGCUUAUAAACAGAAAUCUCUGAUAAUCUCCAAGAAAGUUUAAACUCCCUUUAGCUGUAAAUCCCCUGAACAUAAAUACACCUGAGCCCUGGACAAACAGAGUUUGUGGUUUUGUCUGAAAUGUGUCUGAACUGAUCUGAACACACGUGGAGGCAGCAGCUCGGUGUGAAGGUCAGCGUCAGCCCGGAGUGACGGCAGCUGCAGCUUUGUUGGUAUGUCAGCGGAGAAACCCGAGAGAGCGGGAUGUAACAUAUGGUUUCCAACUAUUUUCACACCUCCAAUCAAAGUUUCAGAGAGGAAAAAUGCAUUUCCAACUCCGCUUUUAUACACAAAGCCUUUUAAUUCCGUCUUGUAUCAGAUAUUUUUCAUUUUCCACACUUUCAUAAACCUCCAUCUGUAUCCUUGUAACGGCUCAUCUCUGAUUCACAGGGGAAAGAAAAUGACGUCCAGCCGCAGGCAUCACCUGAAGGUCAGACAACUUUUGCCUUUUCUUGAUGAUUCUCCAAGUUUUUAAGGAUCAUUUUGUUUAUAUUCAUGUUUUCAUCUUUUCACGCUCCUGCAGAGUUUGAUGCUGCAGAUCGCCUUCACCUGGAUCGAGCAGGAGAAGAAGGACAUCGAGGAGGCGAAGGAGGCUUACAUGGCGGAGAACUGCCCGGCUCCUGACCUGAGCGGAGACCAGGCCGCCCUCAUGGUGAGAGGACGAGGACUAUUUUUGGCUAAUGCUGCAGACUGUUCACACUUAGUCUUAAUCAUCAGUGUAAAUCAGAUACUCGUCAUGUGAUCAAGAGUCUUAUAAUGUCUGAAAAUAGAGAGUUCAUCAUUUCUCUUCUCAGCAGUGAGUGACGGUGCAGUUAGAACUAAUGACUCAUACUAAAUCUUCCAUCUCCAUAGACCUCAUUUUUGGGUCUAGAUGUCCGAGCAUGAACUGAAGUGGGACUUUCUGAAAGUGUAAAUGUCAUAAAAAUUCAUCAGUUAAAAAAAUCCACAUUGAGAUUUUAGUUUGACGUCCCCUUUCAAAUACUUGAAAAAAUCUGUUUAUUUGCUGGCAGUAAACAGUCAAUACUUGUUAUUAUUUAUAGUAACUUUUUAGUAACUAGGAUACGAUAAAAACACUCAGUAUUUUCAUGCAUCUUUUUUUGUCAGAAGAAAAAACCCUCAUAGAUUUUCUCAUGAAACUUUUUGUUAGUUUCAAACUUCGAAUCGAACUUUUUGACGUGUGACAGUAAAUCUCUAAAUGGACAUAACUUUUUGGUCUGAGGUGUGACGAGUUAACACUGGAUUUUUCAGUUUUUAGUCUGAAGCAGAUACAAAACACUUGUUCAGAUUAUAACAGAACUAAAAAGUUAACAUCUGUGAAAGUUAUCACUAAACUUUUUUGUAGAAUUUUCUGUUGCACUUUUAGAUUUUUACAAUUUUUUGUUAGUCGACUCUCAACUUUUGUAGAUAUUUUCAUGCCACUUUUUUGGAACCUUUAACCAAAAGUUAUGUUUAGAUAUUAAGAGAUGUUAUUUCAUCUUUUCCCACAAGUUUUUUAAGUUGACAGUUAACUGAUUAGAUAUUUCAUGACACUUUUUGAUAACUGGUGUAAAUCUAAAAACAAAAAGUUUUAGUGAACAUGUGUUUUAUAUUCAUUUGACCUUUUCUGAGCAGGUUUUUGGAGGUUAACAGAUAACUUAAUUUGAUAUUUUGUCACAACAUUUUGGUGGAUGAACAUGUUGAUGUCGACAUGUUACUGUUUGGACUUUUGAUCGGUUGGUAAACUCUGAAACUAAUCAAUUUUUUAAGUAAUAAACAUUUUAACCACUUUAAAAUUCUGUGGUGAACAGUGAAGACUUGUAAGUCUUUGGUUGGUAGCAAAUAGUGAACAUGCAUGAAAAUAAAAUGAAGUAAAAUUAAAUGAAAUUAAAAAUAAGUAAAAGUCACUAAAGAACGAGGAUCAGGUCUUUAACAGCGCCUGUUUUGAAGCCUCUGUGAAUACACGGUUAUUUAAACUGGUGCCUCUUAUAUAACGUUAUUUUUACAUCUGUUUUGGUCUUUGUUGACGCUUUUAUCUGAAAAUACAACUUACCCACAUGCAGAAUAUGAUAACAGGUAAGAGAUACUGCUUUGACCACAGGGGGCGCCAAAAUCCAAAUAAAUGCAGGCGGCUCUCACUGUGGCUCAAUGACUUUAGACUGACACCCUGUAAACGCUCAACCUACCAACAGUUUGUCUGUUUUUGUGUCUCAACAGGAAAUCUGUAAGAAGCUCCACGCUGCCAUCGACAAGAUCGACGACACGAGGUAUGACGCCGAGGCCAAAGUGCAGAAGACCGACAAAGAGGUGAGACACUAAAGACCUGAAGACCUCCUCAGGUGAGUCAGGUCUGUUAGAGUAGAGAGCUGUAGAGUUUUAAGUAGUUUUUAUCUUCUAUUUUAAGACAUUUUAUUAGAUAGGACAGCUGAAGAGUGGAAAUUCAUGCAGCAAAUGUUCGAGGGCGACUAACGUUCUUGUAUAUGAAGCACACUGAAUCGCUGUAAACUCUCUUUGGAAAAUACGUCUCCUGAUCUCAAUUUUGAUGUUUUUCUGCCUCCAGAUCGAGGACCUAAAGCUGAAGGUGGUGGAGCUGGCCGGUGUGAAGAAACCCGCCCUGAAGAAGGUGCGUAUGUCUGCUGACGCCAUGCUGCAGGCUCUGCUGGGAGGAAAACACAAGGUGACCAUGGACCUGAGGGCCAACCUGAAGCAGGUCAAGAAGGAGGUCAAAGAGGAGGUGAGCACAAUAAAACCAGCUGUUUGGAUAUGAAAGGAUGUAUGAUCAUAGGAACUUUUCUUUUUUUAUAUAUUUUCUUCUUGUUUUGAUAAAGAGGGCUUUAAAACAUACCUUUGAACACUUUGGUACCAUUGAAUUAUUUGUAGAGUAUGUUUUUAACCGAGUCCCUGUUGUCUGCAGUCCACAGAGGCGGUUGGCGACUGGCGUAAGAACAUCGAGGAUAAGGCCGACAGGAAGAAGAUGUUCGAGACUUCUUAAGAGUUUCCUGCCCUGACGAGGACGACAGCGGGGGGAAAAGGUCUCCGUCUGAGGUCUGAGUGACUGAAAGUGUCUCUGAGUUCCAGCAGGACUCACAGGGACGAGAGUUUACGCUCUUUUUUUUUGUUGCUUUUUGUGAAACCUUCGCCACCAUGGGAGACUGAACUGAAGCAACCGUAAGGUCA